UCGCCCACUCGAGUACAUCGUUCAAUAACUGGAGUUGGUCGCUCCCACUGAUCUGUCCCCCGCCUCUUGCUUAUCUUCGUUCAUGCCAGUAAUACCAGUGCAAGGUAGGCUGCGGGGAAGUACAUGAAUACAGACCGCUGUCAUUGCCUCCCCUCAUAGCCUAACCCCGACUUCUAGCCAAAGUUUGCCGUUGUCUCCAAACACGCAGCCGUCUCCAAACUGCGGGAUUAACAUCAAGACGAGACGAAAAAUAGCGGCGAUGUCGAACAAGGUCAAGAUCGCGCUCAUACAAAUGCACCCCAAGGUCGUCGCGCCAGAGGUGAACUUUGCCAAAGCAGAAUCGUACAUCCGCUCCGCCGCGUCCCGCGGCUGUUCGCUCGCUGUCCUUCCCGAGUACCAUCUCACAUCAUGGGUCCCCGACCACCCCGCGUUUGUGUCGAGCUGCGCACAAUCAAGGAUCUACCUGGAGAAGUACCGGACGCUGGCCAGGGAUGUUGGCAUCUCGAUCGUGCCGGGCACCAUUGUUGAACUCGACGGCGAGGAGGGCGAUGAAGACUUCGACCUCCUCAACGUCGCUUACUUCAUCGGCCCGGACGGCGCCGUGCUGGGGCAGUACAAGAAGAAGAACCUGUGGCACAACGAACGGCCGCACCUCACCAAGGGCCCGGCACCGCACGGCGCAUUUGACACGCCGCUGGGAAGAGUGGGGAUGCUGAUCUGCUGGGACCUGGCGUUCCCCGAGGCCUUCCGGGAGCUCAUCCGCGACGGGGCACGGGUCAUCGUGUGUCCCGCCUUCUGGCUCGCGGACGAGUAUAAGCACGAGGGCGGGGACGAGGGCGUGCAGGUGGUGAACCGGGACUCGGAGAGAGUGUUUCUGGAGAACGUGAUGGUAGCGAGGGCGUUUGAGAACACGGCGGCCGUGGUGCUCGUCAACGCGGGCGGGCCUGCGGGCGGGGGCGGAGUGGAAGUCAGGGAAGGCGGGACGAGGGUAAGGUAUUGCGGCGUCAGUCAGGUCGCGAUGCCUCUCGUUGGGUCGCUUGGAAAGUUGGCUGCCGAGGAGGCGAUGGAGGUCGUCGAGGUCGAUCUUGGUUUGUUGGAUGUUGCUGAGGGGGUAUACAAGGUGAGGGAGGAUAUGAGGAAGGAAGGGUGGCAUUAUGGCUAUUCGAUUGUGAACGAGUGAGUGGUGGGAGGGGCCAUCGCAAUACGACAACACGAAAAGGAAAGUAAGGAGAGGGGAAAAGAAGAGUCGAACAGCAGGUUGCCAGUUGCGUUUCAGUGAUGAGAAGAUUUUCGCGAUACUUCUGUGCACCACCCGGUCACUUAACCCAUCUGAUUCGGAAUGGGAAAAAGGUGUUAGACGGGCUGAUGGACAACAGGAUAACGGUA